UAUUUCUCUCUUGUCUGUAUGACUCUUAUGCCUUCCUAAACCGUUUAUCCGAUUGCGAUGAAACUUUGGGAAAUGGUUGGAUAUAAUAUGUCCGCAAAGGUUUCUGAUUUAGUGAAACACUUCCCGAAAUUCCCACGGGAACGGGAAAAAAACGGGAUUUUACGUUUUAUAAUCGAAAUUGCGGAAGGUAGAGACUUACACCUUUAGAAUGUUCCUAGGUUUCUUUGAAGGCGUUAGAGGGUGAUGUUUACACGCGUACCAAGUCGCGGGCAAAUGCUAGUGUGUAAGCUACUUUUUCCAAAAAGAAACGCUUGGGAAGUAAGUAAUUUAAAUUGAGGCAAAAAAGUAAAAUAUAAAAAAGACAAUUUACAUAUUCCAAAUGAUAUAAUAAGUCUUAACGUUAUCAAAUAAUAUCUUUUGGAUUUGUAGAUGUAGGUAUCUUAUCGCAGUAGUCCUUGCACUUCACCUUAUCAGAUAAUCAUAAAAUUAACCUAAUUUAAAGCAAAUUUUGUUUGUACAAUCAAACUUGAUCAGUAGGUAGUACCUACUUACCUAUCUGUUACAAUGGGUGCAAAGAAAACAGCGGUAUCAUUCGCGUUAAUAUUUUUUAUUACUGCUACAAUUGCAUUUCUCGUAUCAACUGUAGUUAUGGUUCUUCAAAGGGACGAACUGCAAAAUGAAGUAGAUGAUUGCAAACAACAUAAUGGAGGACAUUCAACAGCUGCACCUCCCGUGUUUACCACAGCACAAACUACAACUGUAGCACCAGAACAAACUACAACUGUAGCACCAGAUCUAAGUGGCUACAGAUUACCAUCACACAUAGUGCCGAAAUCAUACGACCUUACACUUUAUCCAAAUUUGGAAGAUGGCACAUUUAGGGGUGUGGUUAAAAUUAAAGUGUAUGUUCAGAUCGAUAGUUCGGAAAUUCGAAUUCACAGCAAAGGCCUGAAGAUUGACAAGGUUCUCAUUGACGGAAUUGCAUCGUCGGUUGAAGAAAACAAAAUUUAUGAAUUGUUAAUGUUGUCGAAACCCAACGCGGCAGUCAUACAGAAGGGUAACCGAGACAUACAAAUUGACUACAGUGGUGACAUGAAGAAUAGGAUAGUUGGACUCUACACCAGCAGUUAUAUAGCGGAAGGGGGUAAAAAAAUUCCUAUUGCGACAUCAAAAUUCGAACCAACCUACGCCCGUCAAGCGUUCCCAUGCUUUGAUGAACCAAAUAUGAAGGUCAAAUUCACUGUCCAUAUUUUGAAGCCCGUUGCGAAAGAGUAUAUAGCUCUUUCAAACAUGCGUCAAACAAGUGAAAUCGCAACCGAAGGAGGUGUGAUGGUGGAUUUUGAAGAAAGUAAAGAGAUGUCGACGUACCUUGCUUGCUUUAUAGUUUGCGACUUUGAGCACACCAAAAGUGUUAUUGAAGCUAAUAUUGGCGAGAAAAUUCCACUGAAAGUUUUUGCAACACGUGCCCAAGUCAAAAAUACACAAUUUGCGUUAAAUAGCACUGUAAAUAUUAUGAAAUAUUUUAUUGAGUACUUCGAUAUACCGUAUCCACUUCCAAAAUUGGAUCUCAUCGCAAUUCCCGAUUUCGUUUCUGGUGCAAUGGAACACUGGGGGUUAGUCACUUUUAGGGAAACUUCCUUAUUGUACGACGAAGAGAAAAGCUCUUCUGGUAAUAAGCAACGAGUUGUUGAGGUGGUAGCGCACGAGCUUGCUCAUAGUUGGUUUGGAAAUUUAGUGACAAUGAAUUGGUGGAACGACUUAUGGCUAAAUGAAGGAUUUGCUUCUUACAUAGAAACCAAAGGAAUGGCUCACGUUUACCCCGAGUGGGACAUGAUGGAUCAAUUUUUAAUAGAUACUAUGCAUUCCGUUUUGUCAUUGGAUGCGACACCCUCAUCUCAUCCUAUUGUACAAACUGUUGUGACACCUGAUCAGAUCACGGAAAUUUUCGAUUCUAUUACUUAUGAUAAAGGCGCGUCUCUAUUGAGAAUGUUGGACAACGCAAUUACAGAAGAAACGUUUCGAAAAGGCGUAAAGGAGUAUUUGCUGAAAUAUCGGUAUGGUAAUGCAGUCACGCAAUAUUUAUGGGACGAACUGCAAAAACUAGUACCCAAGGAUGUCAGUAUAACGGAUAUAAUGGGAACCUGGACAGUACAAAUGGGAUAUCCCAUUUUAACCGUUACAGAUGAAGGAAAGGAGUAUGUGCUGACUCAAAAAAGAUUUUUAAAGGAUUAUUCCAAUACAGUAGCUAAAAGUUCUCCAUAUGGAUACAAGUGGUCGGUACCGGUAACAUUUGUCACAGACUUAGCUCCCAAAAAAGCAGAAACACGUUGGUUUAAACACGACCAACCAAACAUUAAAAUUACAAAACCACCCGGAAUUAAAUGGAUUAAGUUUAAUCACGACCAAGUGGGCUACUACCGUGUCAAUUACACUCCAGAUCAUUGGAAACUAUUGGCUGCAAAUAUGGCACAAAUGACAACCUCGGACAAGGCACAUCUAUUGGAAGAAUCAUUUAGCAUCGCCGAAAGCGGCGACCUUUCGUAUGACAUUCCCCUUCAGUUAACCUCCUAUUUGCAGAAAGAGUUUCAUUACGUACUCUGGAGCAUUGGAGCGGGUAAAAUAGGAAGUCUUAGAAAGUACUUGAUUGAUUCUCCAGACUACAAUGAGUACUUGAAAUACAGAUCGAAAUUGGUUUUUAAUGCAUACAAGAGCAUUGGAUGGCUGGAGAGUGCACAAGAUACGCAUUUAAAACGUCGUGUAAGAUCAAUAAUUUUAUCUUUUGCAUGCCAAAGUGGCAUUGCUGAUUGUCUAACGACGGCAAAAACAAAAUUUGAUUUGUGGCUGAAAGAUCCUGCCAAGAAUCCCGUUUCCCAAGAACUACGAAACAUUGUCUACCACUACGGUAUGGAGGGUGGAGGAAAGGACGAAUGGUUUAACUUGCUCAAUCUUUAUAAGAAGGAAAUUGAUGCGAACGAAAAACUCAAAAUGCUGGAGGCGUUGGCGGCCGUCAAAGAAACAUGGUUACUGCAACACUUAAUUCAGCUUGGAACUAUUGAAGGAGAAGGUCAGCUUAUUAGGAGUCAGGAUUAUUUCACUAUGCUAGGUUACAUCUCAAGUAAUCCAAUCGGAACAUCAAUUGUAUGGAAUUAUGUUCGAGAGAAUUGGAAGUAUUUAGAAGAGCGGUUUGGUUUAAAUGAACGAUAUUUGGGACGAUUGAUACCGACUAUUACAAGUUCGUUUACAAUGAACUUGCAACUUCAAGAGAUGGAAACGUUUUUUGCUGCCAAUCCAAAUGCUGGUGCGGGAGCACUCGCUCGUAAACAAGCUUUAACCAAUGUCAAAAAUAAUAUCAAAUGGGUGCGGUCAAACCGAAACAGCGUAAUCAGCUGGCUUAAAAAGCACAAUUCACAGUAAAGUAGCUUUAGAUACAUUCGUAUAUCGUACAGAAAUUUUAAACAAAUUCGAUUUGUUCAAUUAAAGCAAUACAUUAUAGUGUUAAAAAUU